AUGCCUCCUCCUCUAUCCUAUCCUGCCCUGAAACUUGUAUUGGAGUAUUUGGAAGCGAAAAAACGGUAUCACAUCACAUCUCGUAACAGUGCUCUUCAAAAAUUAGAUAAGAUAAUCCCUCUUCGCGUGAGAGAUCUUGAAAUACGGGACGACUGUGUUUCUCUAGACAAUUUAUCAUACGGCACGGGCUUUGAGUACCUGUUUUCGAAAUGGGAAACCGAUGAAGAACUGCAGGAACUCUUGAAAAUUCAUGAAGCAAAGGAAAAAUUAGUGAAAAAGUAUUUGGAAGCAAAACCUAGUAUCCUAGUGGAUUGUGUUGGUUUCUACUAUAUGAAGUCUUAUAAACAAGUUCCAGUGAAACUCAACUUGAUCACCAACACAUUGUUUGACGGAGAGAACGAACUGAUUAAAGGAAUUGAAAAACUUCACAGAAAAAAACUAUCUAUUCAUAAUGUUGGCUAUGAAAACGUCGAUGCAGUGAAAAUAAUUAACGACUGGAUAAAGAACGGAAGGGAAGUCGGAACAGAGUAUUUGCUCGGCUUCACUUUUGAUUUUUGGAUGAGACGAAUGCUGAGAGACUUAAAAAAUGAGUUCGAUGAGUUCGAGAAUGAUUUGGAGGGGAUCAAUGUGCGUUUUCUCGACAGAGAGCCGCGGUUUUUGAUUCCAAUAAGCCCAAUAUCCAAGAUUAUUAUCUAUGGAACUGAGAUACAGUCAAAAGACGGCACCGUCUAUCAACUUGUGUUGAAGGUGGUCUCUACGGAUGAAUGA